AUGCCUCUCCUCGGCGGCAAGGGCAACAAGUUCAAGGUUGACCCGCCCAAGAUCCGGAUCGAAAAGGUUAUUGUCGAACGUGCCCCGACCCCGAGCAAACCAAAGCCGAAAUCUCGCCCCGGCCCGGCCUCCGCGGGAGCCUCGUCAUCGCGCUCGUCUCCCGUUUACCGUCCGUCGCCUAAGCCUUCGGCUGUCCGCUACGCCAGUCAUUCGCCUAAUCCUUCAUCAUCUGACGAAAAGCGACUUGAUCGGAAGCGCAAGACGGGCACUGUCUCCUCCACGACACGGUCCCCCGCGAGCGAGCGUAUAACGUUUGACAAGGAUAGCGACGCCGAGGAUGAUGGCUGGAUGAAUUUGGAUACCCGCAAGAGGCAGCGAAGAGGCAAUUCCGAGGAUAAGCACCUGGAUUCCAACCGCAAGCUUAGACACUUCCGGGCUUUUGAGGGACGCAACGACAAUCUGAAAUUUGUCCACGCCGUUGAGGUCGCUUCGCUGGAAGAGAAAUGCGUGCCUGUCAUGGGUGCGCAAAAGGAGGAUGUUGCCAUAGAGUUGCAGUAUCCCAGUUUGCAGCCUAGAGAGAAGUUUGAGCUUGUCUGGGGCAAGGAUAAAAUAGACGCGGUUGAGGCUAGUAUAAGAAUCGUUCGCCAUGUCGCCGAAACAUAUCUCACCGAAGAUGAAGCUGAACCGUUCACUAACCACAAUACGGGUCUUAUUCGACGUUUGGAAAAGGCGUCAAAUCGGAACAUUCAAGACCUGGCUGGUUUCAAAGCUGCAAUCCACGAAUACAAUGAGACUUUACUAGGAAUGGUCGAGGAUGGAAUCAUUGCAAAAAACCUUGAUAAGAUGCACGAACUACCACGACAAUUUGUGGCUUUUAUUCUGGAUCAAGUCUAUGAUCGAACGGUUGCUCCCAAAGUCGAACUGCUGUCAAAGUACGAAAAUGGCACCGAUUAUGUCUAUGGAGAACUUCUGCACCCUUUCAUAUCAAAGCUUCUAGUUGAACAGACCAAGAUGACGUCGGAUCAAGUCUUUGUGGAUUUGGGAUCCGGGGUUGGGAAUGUCUGCUUACAAGCUGCAUUGGAAAUCGGAUGUGAAAGCUGGGGUUGCGAAAUGAUGGAAAACGCCUGCAAUCUGGCCGAUGCCCAGAUCAAAGAGUUCGAGGCCAGAUGUAUGCUGUGGGGAAUCAAGCCUGGCAAGUCUCACCUCGAGAGAGGCGACUUUCGCAAGAACACCGCCAUACACGAGGCCCUGAAACGAGCCGAUGUCGUUCUCGUCAACAACAAAGCCUUUACAUCUCAGCUGAACGAUGACUUGGUGCGCAUGUUCUUGGAUUUGAAAUUAGGCUGCAAGAUCAUUUCGCUCAGGUCCUUCGUGGCUGACUUCAAGAGUAGCCACAACAUCAAUGACGUUGGUAGCACCAUUCUUGAUGUGGAAGAGUGUUUAUACCCAGAGGGCUUUGUCAGUUGGACCAAUGCUGGUGGAUCAUAUUUCAUCUCCACACGCAAGUAG